AUGACUACCGCCCUGCUCAAAGAUUCUGCCAUUGACAAGGCCGUUCUUACCAUCCCCAAACUAAAAGGACGAGAUGACUGGAUCCUGUGGUCUGGGAACCUCGAAAUAGCCAUGGACCACACCUGGGACUUCAUUGAAGGCAGCAACACCACAGCUCCUGAUGCGUCCAAAGUAACUGAACACCAAGAUUGGGUAAUUGGGGAUCGGAAUGCUCGUCGAAGGAUCUGGCUCUCACUUGAUGAAUCAAUCCAACGCAAUGCCUUUCCACACAGGAAAAGCUCCGCUGCCGUCCUGUUCAAGGCCCUCAAGGAUGAAUAUGAGGACUCUGGAUCCACAGCGGAAUUCUAUGCCAGACAGAGCUAUGACAACGCUAAGCUCAGCGACUACAACUCAGUUUCAGAAUACCUGACAGCCCUUAUCAAUUUUGCCUACCUGGUCAACAAGGAAGUGACUGACAACGAGGACCGCAUUGGAAAUCGUUCGAUCGCCAUGCGCCUCAUCCAUACACUCCCACCCUGCAUGCGUACACUACAAACAAUGCUCCUCGAUACUCCUCUUCCAAAGGGUGUGAAGUGGAACUUGGAUGAUCUCAAGAGAAGGGUACUGUUGGAGGAACCGUGUGCUAUGGGAGGCCGGACGAGUUUUCGUACAGCCACAUUCCCACAUCCGGGUGAGGAACUCGCCCGGACAGCCACAUUCCCGCGGUAG